UGUCCCCUCUAUUAUCAUAAUCUUUGUAAUCCUAAUAGUGUAUAAAUUAAUUAUAUUUCAUUAAUAAAACACAGUAUAUUCUCAGCAGUCAUUCGUUUCAUUUCGCUCCCUUACGCAUACCGUACAUGGCGACCCUGCCAAAAGAAGGUGUCAUACGAGUGUCGUGUAUGUGAUACCUAUCGCGCAGAAGUCUGACCUAUUUUGGUAUAAGAAUGUAAAACAUUAAAUGAACUUUAGUUGUUACCAAGAUGAACAAUUUAGACUCAAUCGUAGUACACUUGAGUGCUGUCGUAUACAUCAAAAAUUGUCAAUAUGGGAUCCUCAAAGUCAAAAUAUGAAGAAAAAGUUGUCGUCCAAAACGCGAUCGGAGGGUCCAACCAGGCAUCAUUUGAGGAAAUAAAGUUUCAUCUAAGCACCGCUAGCAUAAUUCUGACGGUAAUUGCAUUGGUUCUGGGAGUUGGUCUACUUGCUUUCCUGUACCGAAUGUAUAGGAAGUGUCAUAUGCGCUGGAUGCAGCAGGAAAUACAUCGGCAAAACCUGCGCUCUUCCAUUUUUCGUCGCGGCCGCCGUGAUGCAAAAAGCGAGGACAUCGUAUGACGGUGCAACAUCAUCUACGGCAUCAGUGAAAAAAAAAAUGUGAAAAAAAAGGUGAAGUGCGGGUAAAAUAAAAGUGAAAUAAUUACGUCAAAAAAAAAAAGAAAAAGUGAAAGUGCAGCUCAGAUAAGUGCGUAUUAAAUAAUUCUUACUUGCAAAUCGGGUAGGACUACUGACUAUGCUCCUUUCUAGUGGACGAUAAGUUAUAAAAAACUAAUGUAGUGGACUCUAAGAUAUAAAAAACAAAUGUAAUCUAAUGUGUGUCAUGAUCUGUAAGUUCUAUACUCCAUGUGACGGCAAUGCUUGGUAAGUUAUGAUUUUACAAUUAAAGGAAUUGUAUGAUAAACUGAAAAAUAUAAAGACUUAUCUGAUUAAAAUUGGUCCUAAAAGGCGCCAAGGACAAAUUGUUAUUAAUAAGUUAGAGGAGGCAAAAAUAUUUUAUGACGAGUAUACGUUACUUAUAAGUGAAUUAAACAAAGAUAUAAAAGAGGGAAGAUUGUCUACCCAGGACACCGAUUUAGUUAUCAAAUUGUCCUCCGAAUUUCAGUCCUUGUAUACUGACAUAGAGUUUCUAUGUACAAAACAUAAAUCUAGUGAUUUUAAAGAUAAAUUUUCUGAUAUGACCGAAACUAACGUAAACAUGGCGGAAACAUUCAAUUUAAAAACUGCUUUGUCCUUACUUGCUCAAAUGAAUGACGAUGAAUUAAAUACUAAACAACUGAUUGAUAACAUCGAAUACUAUGCGUCUGUAUUGGAAAAAGAUGAAUGUAAGCAUAAAUUGAUUCAGUUUGUAUUAAAAAGCAGAUUGUCACAAGGUGCAAAAUUGAAAAUAAAGUGUAGUUAUUCAACUGUAACAGAUUUGAUCAAUGAUAUGCGGAAAGAGCUUUUGCCCCAAAAAUCAGCCCCUGCCAUACAAGAUAAAUUACAAAAAUGUAGACAAAAUAAUUUAAAUAUUCAGGAUUAUGGUAAGGAAAUUACCGAGAUGUUUGUGGAGCUGACGAUUGCGCAAUCCAGUGGAAAUUCAGAUUGUUACAACAUUUUAAAACCUCUAAACGAAAAGUAUGCCAUUAAAAAAUUCGCCGAUGGGUUGCGUAAUCGCAGACUUAGUACUGUCAUUACAUCCAGGAAUUACAGCUCGUUGAAGGACGCAAUCCAGGCUGCAAUGGAGGAGGAUAUCGGGUCUGCUUCCACAUCAGCUGGUGAAAUCUUAGGUAUGUCCCAUCAAAAUUAUAAUAAACCUACCAGUCAUACUUUUUCUUCCCCUAGAAGGCAAAAUUACCAUCGCGGAGGUCAGCAUUUUAAUAGCAGAGUGUUUUCGCAGCGAACUAAUUAUAAUCCUAAUUUUAGAGGUCAAAAUCAAGUCCCUAUGUCUGCUCCUCGGCCAGUACAAAGACCCUGGCAGAAAAGAGGUAUGUAUAAUAAUAAUAAUAACCGUCGUGGAAAUAGGUGGAAUCGCAAUCAACAUAUGCGCGUAAUAACUGAAACGGAAAAUAAUAGCGAUGUUGCGGAAAAUAAGUUUUUUCGAGGCUAAUAAUUUUAUCUUAACUACUAGUAGUAAUUGUUGCAUCAGAUUAUCUCUAAACAACGUGAUUCAUUCUUGGUUACUUGAUACGGGCGCUACCAUUUCGGCUCUUAAAUAUAAACAUGCACUCGAACAUAAUCUUCCAAUCCAUAAUGAGAAGAUUAUUAUAAAUGGAAUUGGUGGCAAAGUCCAUGCAAUUGGAUACACAUAUUUAAAAUUACGAAGUGAUGAUAAAUUAUUUAGACACAAGUUUUAUGUUUUUGAUUCGCUACCAUGUAAGGCAAGCGGUAUCAUCG